AAUAGACCGAAAGUUCGCUUUUGUCACCGCUAGGUUGCGUUACUUUCACAAAGGAAAAAUACUAUUGAAGGAUUAAAUCUCUAUGCGCCAAGUGAACAAUAUUUUGGAUGCAAGCAUACGGACAAUCGUGUUGACGCCAUGGAAGAGACUUCACAAAAUGAUGAAUGGAUUGACUCUUUUGAUAAAUUGUUAAACCGUAGGCCGCAACUACGUGAACUUAAUAUAAUUAAAGAUACUGUAAGAGCAUCAUUCAACAUAGACUCAAGUGUCGAAAACAGCAUCAAGGCCAUAGAAAAACAAGAGUCAUUUAAAGCAAAGCAAAAUUCCUCUUAUUCCGAUUGUUUAAAAAAGAACCAUGAUCGUAGCUGUUCUAUAUCAACUCCAUGCUCCAAACGUUUUAAUUCAGAUUUAUUUCAUUGCGGACUAUCUCCAAUAACUGGUAUAAAACUUGACGGAUUUGAAUGUAAUAAUCUCAGAAACAAUGAAACAGAAGCAAAAGUUAAAAGCGAAAUUGGAUUUAAAAAUUUUCUUAAAAAUGGUUAUAAGGAUGUUCAUGAAAUUACUUUAAAUUGCAAAAACAAUCUUGUCAAUUGGCCUCCUCUUGCAUUACAGCCAGGAAAGUGGCGCAAAUCUUUAAACACUUGGCGAAAGACUCAUGAAACUAAACAAAGGGAAAUAAGCAAAUGUAUAACACCAAGCGGGUCUAUAAAAGCUGGGAAAUCAAGAUCACUAGUAACGGGUCGUAUGUCAGUAUGUUUAACUGAUUUUAAUGAAAUUAGUUGUGAUCAUGAACAAGAAGUUUUAAAAUAUUGCGAUCAGUUAAACCCGCUUUCAUUUCAUGCUACAUAUUCAUUAAAACGAAUGAUGGACCCAAUUAAAGUUGGUGAAGGCGCUUACGGUGAGGUUUUCAGGUGCACCACUCCUGCCAAUAAUUACGCCAAACAUAACCUUGAUAUCGUACUAAAGAUAAUACCAAUCGAAGGAUCCAUGGAAAUUAACGGAGAGAAGCAAAAAUCAUUUGCCGAAAUCUUGCCAGAAAUAAUCAUAACUAAAAAAAUGUCCAGUCUCCAAGCGAAUGCAAAUAAUUCCACUGACGGAUUUGUAAAUAUACACAAGGCAACAUUAGUUAGAGGAAAAUAUCCACAUCAUUUAAUACAGCUUUGGGAAAAAUACGACUCUGAAAAGAAUUCUGAGAAUGACCAUCCUCGAGUUUUUGCAGUCAACCAACUAUAUCUAGUUCUAGAAUUGGAGUUUGCGGGAAAUGACAUGUCAAAUUUUAAAUUUACCAAUGCAGAACAAUCAUAUUUUGUAUUGCAACAGAUUAUUUUAUCCCUGGCUAUUGGUGAAGAGGAGUGCCAAUUUGAGCACAGAGAUCUUCAUUGGGGCAACGUUUUAAUUAAAGAUACUAAAAAGAAAGACAUUUAUUUUAAAUUUAUGAACAAUGACUUGACACUUCCUUCAAAAGGAGUUAAAAUAUCUAUUAUUGACUACACUCUUUCAAGAAUAACUAUUGGCCAAUCUUGCUAUUUUAAUGAUUUGUCAAGUGAUGAAGACCUUUUUUCAGCUACUGGAGACUAUCAGUACGAUAUUUACCGUAUGAUGCGGAAUGAAUUAAAAAACAACUGGGCUUCUUUUUCUCCAAAAACCAAUAUUCUAUGGUUGUCCUACUUAGUUUCAAAGCUACUAAAGGGAGUAAACUACAAAUGUGUUAAUUCAAAAAUUCACAGGCAGCAUAUUAAAAAGCUAAAGGAAUUGCAAAAUAAUAUGCUAAGCUAUGACAGUGCUGCAACGUGUGUAAAAAAUAUGUUUAGGCUAACUUAAAACAAUUGUUUUCACUGAGGAAUCAAUUAAUCAAAAUUCAUGUUUUUAUUUAAUUGUUCUAUAAACUAAAGCUACAACUAUUUUCUAUUUUU